AUGUUCGCCUUUACCUACUUCGCCUGGAACAACGCCUUCUUCUCCGCCAACUAUGAGCCCUUACCACCGCCACCGGUGCCUGUAAACGAUACCAAUGCCAUGGACGAGGUGCUCCGCUUGAUAUACGGACCCAUGCUGCAGCCCAUCACCGCGGCGAACUUCACCGACGAGGAUGGCGACGUCUACCAGCUGCCCGGUCCACCGCGAUUCACGAAGCCGCUGGGGAAGAGGGUGCUCAUACUGGACAUUGACAGUCGGCCGCUGGACGGGCCGGGGCAGAUCAUGAACAAGGACAAGAUGGAGUGGCAUGACGCGCGGUCACUGACGGCUGGCAUGCUGAGCCACUACAUGUUUGCCAAAAUCCACGGCUACGACUACAAAUUCAUCCGCGCGCCCGACUACCCCGACCGCUGGGGCACCUGGGUCAAGGUGCCCAUGAUGAAGGAGGCGCUCAAGACGCACGACUUCGUCGCCUUCAUGGAUUCGGAUGUCAUGUUCCACUACCCGCACAUCCCGCUCGAGUGGCUAAUGAACUACUGGAACAUCACGGCCGAGAACCUGGUCGCCAUGUCCAUCGACCCGGACGAGGCGCAGAACUACGACGGCCGCGGCAACCGCUACGUCAACACGGGCUUCGUCAUCGCGCAGCAGAGCAAGCGCACACAGGAGAUGUAUAAAGCGUGGGCCGAGUGCCCGUCGGACACGCGGUACAAGGACUGCGCGCGCUGGGGGUUUGAGUGGGCGCACGAGCAGGCUGCGUUUGGGAACCACAUCCGCUACGACUUCGACCGCCCCGAGGAUAUCAAGGUGCUGCCCUGCGUCGAGGCGAACGGCGCGCCGGAAGCUGCUGGCCGUGGCGGCUGCAAAGGCGUUUUCGUGCGACAUUUCUGGGUUGAUAAGCAGCUGCCCCUCAAGGCGCUGUCGGACCAAGUCAUGCAGUACUUUGUGCCGCGGAUGCACGAGCACUACAUCGAGCAGAGCCCGAAGCACAUCGUCGACGCCAAGGGGUUCAAGAUCGUGGGCGCGGACCUCGUCGCGCUGACGGAAGAGGAGAAAGCUGAGGUUAAGGAGCCGCAAAAUCAGAAAGAGGUGCCUUGA